CGACGGCGACAGCAGCAACAUCAGCUGAAAAAGAGAGAUAGAGAAGAAGUUAGAGGGAGCGAGAGUGAGAGAGUAGAGUGUGUGCGUUCGUAGUAUGCGUUAGGGUGUGAAUACUGUGGUUGAAGCCCGUCAAAUGGAAAUGAGAAGCGGGCGAAGUGGCGGCAACUUUUCUACUGAAUUGAUUUGCGCAAAAGUCACAGGAUACGCGGUGUAGAUAGCAACAGCAACAACAACAGAAGCAGCAGCAACAGUCACAUCAGCAACAUCAGCAACAACAACAACAGCAAUUUGCAUAAUUUUCAGCAACAGACACGCCAGCAACAUAAGCAACAAAUUGCACACAGCAAACGCAACGGACAUAAAAAGGCGCCGAAAUAAAACAGGAGGAAAAAAAAUAAAACAGUAAAAAAAAAAAAACAUGUAAGCUACGUUUGCUCGAUGGACUUUUUUUUAGCUUUUCGCAUUUAAUAUAUGCAAAACAGAAGAAAAAAAAAUUAAAAACCAAAAGCCGAAAAAGAAACAAUCAAAAGCGGAAAUAAACGCGCGCAAAACGCGCUGGAAACGCGACGAAAAGCAGCAGGAAACGCCAAAGUCCAGAAACAACAGCAGCAACAACCGCAACAACAACAACAAUAACAAGAGCAGCGCGUACGCGAAAGUUUUUGCCUAUAAAUGUACCAGGACAGCAGCUGCAGCAGCAGUAGUCGACGUGGCAGCGCAGCAACAGCAACAACAACAGCAGCAGCAGCAGCAGCAACAGCAACGACGACGGCAGCAGCAGCAGCAGCGGCAGCAGCGGCGGCGGCAACUGGGAAUGAGGAGGAUAACUUUGAGGCGUUGACAAUAAUAACGACAACAACAACAAUAACAACGACAGCGGAUAUAGCCAAAGUGGGCGUGGGCGAGGCGACAACAACAACAACCACAACAACAGCAACACUAAUCACAGCAGCAGCAACAACACAAACAACAGCAGGCGCAGGAGCAGGAGCAGCAACAGGAACAAGCGCCGCUGGCAGCUGCAAUAACAGCGACGACGACGACGAUAUUUAUACAUCAGCCGAUGCCGAAAUAGAUAUAGAGUGCAUAACAGCGCAGGGCUCACGAUUGCCAACGAGCAACAGCAACAACAGCCACAGCAGCGGCCACAGCAGCAACAGCAGCAGCAGCUGCGGAAAUGCCGCGCUGUUCUGCAGCGCACGACAGCAACAGCAGCCGCAGUCGCAGCAGUCGCAGCAGCAACAGUUGCAGCUGCAGCAGACGCAACGUGCCGCCGCUGCCCUAAACGCCGAUGUGCGUUUGCUGCGUAAAAUCGGCUACAUUGCCUCGCGAGUGCGCUGCCUGGCCAAAUACUAUAACGACUUUCGCCUGGUCAAUCCGUACAGCGCGCAUCGGCAGCGACGUCAGCUGCAGGAGAUAUUGUUGAAGCACUCGAUAUUCGAUCCGGGACGCGAACGGGAGCGUGCCUUGCUGCUGGCAGCGGCAGCGGCGGCAGUUGGUGCAGCAACAACAGCGGCAACCACAGCGGCAACAACAGCAGCAACCACAGCGGCAACCACAGCGGCAGCAAUUGUUAGUCGCAGCCAGAGCUGCAGCAGCAACAGCUUUGAGCCGCUGGAGGAGCAACCGUUGCAGCUGGAAGCGGAGUCUGAUACAGAAGAGGAGCGAGAAGAGCUGGCCAUAGCCACGGUGACAACGACAACGACAGCGACAGCGACAACAGCGACAGCAACAGCAACAGUGCGACGCAAAUCGUCGGCUAGCAGCACCGGGAGCGGCCCAGUGACAGCAACAGCAACAGCUUCCGCCUCGGCAUCGGCAUCGGCGGGCGCCUCGACCAGUGCGUCGGCCUCGCUGCUGACAGCUGCCACGCCCAUAGCGCUGCUGGAGGAGUUGCUCAUACAGUUCUACGAGGAUCAGGAUCAGUGCCGCAGCAAGUUGACUGUUAUACGGCGGCGGCUGGCCUGCAGCGACAAUUUGAAUACACUUAAUAACAACAACAACCACAACAACAACAACAAUAACAGCAACAACAACAACAACAAUAGCAGCAGCAGCAGCAGCAACAGCAGCAACAACAACAACAGCAUCAGCAUCAGCAACCAGAACAACAACAGCAACAACAGCAGCAUCAACAAUUUCAGCAACGGCCACAGCCUGACCAUGUCCACGUCCAUGUCGAACAUGGUCGAAGCAGCAGCAGCAGCUGCUGCUGCCACAGCCACAGCGACAGCAACGGCGACGGCCACAGCAGCAGCGGCUGCCGCAGCUGCCGCCGCCGCCGCUGCGACAGCGACAACGACAGCAGCAACUGUUGCUAGCGACAUUGCUGUUGUCCUGCCCACCAGCAGCAGCGGCGGCAACAUGUGCACUGGCAGCGGAUCUAGUCAGCAGCAGCAGCAGCAGCAGCAGCAACAGCAGACGCGCGCCUAUUUGCAGCCCUCGCUCGACGGCGACCAUCCGUCGCGUCGUCGUCGCGCCAGCGACUGCUCAGCGGCCGCUCUGACGAACCAGCUGCACUGCAUCACGCUGAAGAACAACAACUGCACAGCCGUCGCAGCGGCCAGUGCGGCUGGCAAGCUGCCCUUCCAUCGGGGCAGCUGCGGUGCUGCCGGCGAGCAUCUGCUGGCAGCGAACUCGAUCGCCAAUCGCGCCACCAUCAUAUUGAGCAAGUCCUGCAGCAAUGUCGACGGCGACGUCAGCCUGACGGCCACCGUGCCCAACAACAAGCUGCGGGCCAGCGCCACCGACAUCGAGAGCAACUCGAAUGCCCUCAAUGGCGGGCGGAUCGAUGCCAUGCAGCAGGCCAUUGCCGAUGCCACCUCGAACAACGGCAACAAUGAGUACAGCAUCCUCCAGCUGAACAACACGAUCAUCCAGUGUCACUUCAACGACGACGACUUUCGCGCCCUGGUCAAGGAUCUCAAGCGCAAGGUUGAGUAUACGGAGCGCAUGAAUUGGCUAUGUCUCUCCAAUCGGCCAUUGGGCCCGCCACAUCGCAAGAGCAGUCUACCAAAGCAUCAGGAGGUGAAGCGUCGCUUCCUGCAAAUUUGUGAUACCAACUUUUCGGAUGAGGUUAAGGCGGCAUUACGUCUGCCGGCGUUCGAUUCAUACGAAUGGGGCGAUGCGGAUGUCAUACACCUAAUGCAGACCAUGUUCCUUGAGCUCGGCUUCGUUGAGAAGUUCAGCAUACCCGUCGACACGCUGCGCGAGUGGCUCUACGAGGUCUACAAGCACUACAACGAGGUGCCAUUUCACAAUUUUCGACACUGCUUCUGUGUUGCCCAAAUGAUGUAUGCGAUUACACGCCAAGCGAAUUUACUGACUCGUCUGGGCGAUCUGGAAUGCCUCAUAUUGCUCGUAUCCUGCAUUUGCCACGAUCUCGAUCAUCCUGGCUACAACAACAUCUAUCAGAUCAAUGCACGCACCGAACUGGCACUCAGAUACAACGAUAUCUCGCCGCUGGAGAAUCAUCAUUGUUCGAUUGCAUUCCGUUUGCUGGAGCAUCCCGAGUGCAAUAUAUUCAAGAACUUUAGCCGUGACACAUUCAAUACCAUACGCGAGGGCAUCAUUCGCUGCAUUCUGGCCACCGACAUGGCGCGUCACAAUGAGAUACUAACGCAGUUCAUUGAGAUUACGCCCGUCUUCGACUACAACAAUCGUGCACACAUCAAUCUGCUGUGCAUGAUACUCAUCAAGGUGGCCGACAUCUCGAAUGAGGCACGGCCCAUGGAUGUGGCUGAGCCGUGGCUGGAUCGUCUGCUGCAGGAGUUUUUCGCCCAGAGCGCCGCCGAGAAGUCGGAGGGGCUGCCGGUGACACCGUUCAUGGAUCCCGACAAGGUCAGCAAGCCCGGCUCACAGGUGCGCUUCAUUGGACUUGUGCUAUUGCCGCUCUUCGAGGCGCUCGGCGAACUGGUGCCCGAGCUCACAGAGCUCAUCAUUAUACCCGUGCGCAUAGCCCUCGAGUACUACAGGCGCCUGAACGAUGCACAGACCAAGACCCGCAAAUCGGUGGCCGACAGCAAUGCCUCGGCCACAUCGGACAGCAACAGCGGCAACAUGGACUCGAACGCAGCCAUGGCCAGCACGCCCGGGCACAAUGCGGCCGACAAGCAAUUGUUGGACAAUAAUAAGGGCUCAAAUGCUGGAUCUGGAGCCGGAGGUGGGGGAUCUGGAGCUGCUGGAACUGGAGCUGGCACUGGCGGCGGCGGUGGCGGUGGCGGUGGCAGCGGCUCACCUCAAAUGCCGCGCUCUGGCUCCGCCAUAAGUGUCAAAUCACGUCGCAGCAUACCCUCACAGAAGUCGGCGUCGCGCACCUCCGUGGAUGAGCCAGGCGGCAUGGCCGCUGAGCUCCACGAUCUGCCCGAGGGCAGCGAAAGCGGCGAUUCGGAGACAGCCACCGAGGUGGAUGUGGCUGAGAAGACAUCCAAGUUCAAGGUGGACACGGAGGGCUGCAGCAAUCGCAGCAAAUCGUCGCACUCCACCUCACGGAAAUCGUCGCGCGAGAAGCGGCCCUCGAUGAUUGGCGAGCUGUGCAGCAGCGGCGGAGGCCAGCGCAUACGCAACUCGUACGGCAACAUUCACGGCUAUCACAGCAAUCGGUGUCACUUUGGCAGCAAUCGUGCGGUCAGCCUCGAUCAGUACAGCACGAACAAUCGCCGGUUGUCCGAUGGCCUGCCCCAGGUCAUCUCGGACAGCAAUGUCUUCUACGGACGACCCAAUCGUGGCAGUCUCGAGGCAACGGCAGCGGCGGCCGCGGCUCAGGGGGGCGACCUCAAUAUGAACACCAGCAGCAGCAGCAGCGGUCAAGCGGGAGCAGGAGCAGCAGCAGGAGCUGGAGGAGCUUCGCAAACUGUGCACAGUCAAAUGUUGUCGUCGCUGCGCGAGUCAGACAAAUUGCCAGCAACAGAUGUAGCAGCGGCAGCAACUGUUGCUGCCAGCACCACCAAUGGCAACAUAUCGCCAACGCUGACCCAAACCUUGGCCAGCAAUGGCAGUGCGCGCAGCAGCAGUGCUGCGACAGCAACUGUUGUUACCGUGCAGCAGCAGCACCAUCAUCACCACCAGCACCACCACCACCACCAGCACCAGCAGCAGCAGCAACUACACCAGCAACAGCAGCAGCAGCCCAGCAGCAGCAGCAGCUCCUCUUGGAAGUCGCGUUUGCGUCAGUUCUCCGACUACUUCAGCUUCAGCUUUGACAAGGGCAACAAACGCUUUGGCAGCACACGCAGCAGUCCUUGCCCCGUGCGUGGCAGCAACAGCGGCGGCGGCGGCGGUGGCGGUAACAACAAUGCAACAGGCAGCAGCAGCAACAACGCCGGCGAGCCGAACGCCGAGUCGAAAGCAACGCAGUCGACCGGCACCUAUUGCAACAUUUCGAAUAGCCCCACGCCGGGCGGCCCAUUGGCUGCUGUUGGCCAGGCUGCGGGUGGCAUGGGCCGGCAUCGCGCCUACAGCUUGGAUGUGCCCUGCAGCCGGCAUGCGGCGACACGCUACAGCUCCGGGGACAGCAGCAGUCGCAAGUCGUCGUCGCGGCACGACGAGCACAACAACAGCAACAACACGCUGCACAGCAGCAGCGGCGGCAUGGGCACGGGCAUGGGCAUUGGCGAGCUGUCGGGCAUACGUAUUCGGAUCGGCAGCGCUGAGGAGGGCGGCGGCAGUGGUGCCAGUGGUGGCAGUGGCACAACUGCUGCUGGCGGUGCAAUCAAAUUGCCGCCGAGCAUCAGCUGUGAGAUGGGCUUGGCCAGCGGCUCCUCAUCGGAGCCGGUGCCAAAGAUUUGACAACAGGGGAGCUCCGAUACGACUAACACAAAUACAAACAAUUCGCUCUGCAAUCAGGCGGCAUUUCACACGGUCAGCACGGAGGAGGAGCCACAGCCGGAGGAGCGCCGCCAACGGCUGCUGCACCAGCAGCAACUGGAGCAUGACGAAGAGGAGGAGGCCAUCAUCAACGACAGCGACGACGUGGAUGGCAGCAGUGAGUCCGAUGCUCUCCAUCAGGACACCUCCAGCUGUGAGGUCUCAUCGAUGACUAUGACCGUUUGGUCAGCCAUUGGCCAGCGGCUCAAUGCGCUCGUCUGCCAUUGCUGUGAGCGCAAGCUGCCCGAGCCGGAGAAUGUGUAAGGAGUCGAUGCCAAAUAUAGCAACAAUUGUGUCACGGACAUGUACACACGCAUCCAUAAAUACACACACACACACACACACACACACACAUGCAUUGACAUUGCCAUUGAUAUCGUUCAUCGAUAGUCGAUAGUUGUCUAUCGAAACCGUACAACAACAGUAACAACACGCACAUAUAAAUUUUAAUUUAUUGUUUUAAGUUGAGCGAUAAACGUUUGUCAAUCGCUGAUUGUUUAUCCAAAAACCACAUU